AUGACGAUAAAAAUACCAGUAAUAAUGAUAUUAAUAAGGGCACCACUUAAAAAGAGUUUACUUAAAUCUAUUGAUUAAAUUAAUCUUAAAUCACUAGAUGAAACGUUGUCUUCAAAAAGUAUUCUCUAACUUUAUAAAUUACUACUCGGUUAUGUUUAGGUAGAAUUUUAAGAGUCGUUUGAACCUAAUGGACUAGUAAAUUAUGAUCCUUAUGCAAACAAUAAUGUAUUGACAGUUUGUACUCCUAAUGAAGCAAUUUGA